CCGGAAGUGUUUUAAAACAUUCUAGCAGGUUGACACAGCAAGCGCGCGUUUGCGGUGCGUUCGCUACGCUUCGGUUUCUGUUUCGCGCGGAUUAUGAGAGCGCGGGAAGAAGGUGCUGAGGGUCGCGCGAGCUGAGUUGAUCGACGUGAAUCAUCAUCAUCUAUAUGGGCCAUCUUUUCUCCAAAAAUGGUUACAGCCUGAAGAAGAAAACACGGAAGCUGCGCAAGAAGAAGCGGCGGAGGAACUGCUUCCUUCAGGGUCCCUGCAUGCUGUGCUUCAUCGUCCACGGCCCCAGCGCGAGCAUCGAGGACGACUGGCCCUUCGAGGCGGCCAAACUCGCCGAGCGCUACGUGUCCCUGAACUCGCCCGAGGAGUGCGCCGCGUUCCUCCUGUCUCCGGGAGAGCUGGGCAUCUGGGAAGGCCAGGGUCGGGGUCUGCUGUCCGCCAAGCUAAUCGGGCCCCCGGCGCUCUUCUGCGUGGACUAUUCGGAAAUGGUGUGCAAGCGCAAGUGUGCUGAUCUGCAGCGGUGUUCGCCCCGCAAGCAGCCGCGCUGUGCCUUCCAGGAGCCCAUGGAGAACGAGGAGCGAGGAGACGCCGGGGCUCCCGAGAGCCAGUGUUUGCUUCGCCCGUCCUCUUCUAAUUCUUCUUCUUCUCCUUCGGACGGGUCCGGUGUGGCGUGGCGUACAGAUGCUAGCGGGGCCGCCGACGCCUCGUCCUCAUGCUCCUGCCAGCUGUCCCAGAACGAGGGAUCGGAGGAGGGAAAGAGCGCUGAGAACACAGACACGUCACACGUUAACCAGCUGCCCUCCUCCAUACUGCUCAAGGUGUUCUCGCACCUGUCGGUGAAGGAGCGCUGUCUCGGUGUGUCUCUGGUGUGUAAAUACUGGCGUGAUCUCUGCUUAGACUUCCAGUUCUGGAAGCAGAUCGACCUCAGCGGCCUCCAGCAGGUGAAGGACGAUCUGCUGGUGAAGAUCGCGUCCCGGAGACAGAACGUCACCGAGAUCAACAUCUCGGACUGCAGGAACGUUCAGGAUCACGGCGUCUGCUCUCUGGCGGCGAACUGUCCCGGGCUGAUCAAGUACACGGCGUACCGCUGUAAGCAGCUGAGCGACGUGUCCCUGUGCGCCGCCGCCGUGCACUGCCCGCUCCUGCAGAAAGUGCACGUGGGGAACCAGGACAAGCUCACCGACCACGCGCUCAGACUGUUGGGCGAACACUGUAAAGAGCUGAAGGACGUUCACUUCGGCCAGUGUUACAGCAUCAGUGACGACGGACUGGUCGCUCUGGCGCAGGGAUGCAACAAACUCCAGAGAAUCUACAUGCAGGAAAACAAACUGGUACGUGCCGUCGAGUCACAUGACAUGUUCAGAGCGCCGGACUCCUAA